UAUAAAGGCGUAAUCGCGCCGCCGCCGCCGCAGCCCCGCCCCCCAACCCAACAGCGCCAUCGUUCCGCCGGCCGCUACCGCCCAAUCCCAUCCCUAUUGCGGUCAAUCUAAACGCACUAUACGUCUACCUGUUUGCGCCGUGGACAAGCGGCAAGGAUCGCAUCGGAUCUGCGCGCGGAGCGGCGAGACGGCGGCCGGAUCUGCUCGCUGCGGACCAACUCGGGGCGGCGUCCUCUGCGGAGGAGGGGAGAGGCGGAGCUGCUCGGGGCUGAGGCAUUAGCUCUUUGGAAUCGCCGAUGCGGAUGAAAUUUAGCCGCGGCCGCGGCCGCGAUUGCGAUCUGAGGCAACCAGAUGGGUGCUCCCUUGGCAAUUCCACUGAGGUUAGGAGGGAAGAUACCUUCUGUCGCCGCCGGACGCCGGUGACCAGCGGCGACGAGCGACUCCGAGCCCUCCGCAACGUGGUGAGGAGGAAGGGUGGGUGCUGCAGCAGAAGGACAACGGCGGCGGCGUUCGCUGACGACGACCGCAUCAGCGCCCUCCCCGACGAUAUGCUCCUGCUCAUCCUGCGGCGGCUCGACACUCGCUCGGCGCUCGCCACCGCGCUGCUCUCCAAGCGCUGGGCACGGCUCCGGCGCUGGCUUGACGCCCUCGAUUUCAUGGCCAGCGACACACUCCCGCCGCGCUACCACCGGUGCAUCCAACUCCACAAAACCACUGGGUAUAUGCUUUAUCAUGUUGACGUCAAGGUUCUCGUUGCCAGCAUCAAGAGGUAUGAGCGCCUCGCCAUGCGGAACAUGGCGGCCUCCAUCAACAAUUUCCUAGACGCGGAUGAUGGUUAUGCUCGUGCUGGCGGAGCUCGUCGGAGAGUCGCUAGGGUGAGGAUUGAAUUCUUCGCCACUCACUACGCUGGCUGCAUGAACCGAUUGAUCAGCAAGGCAGUGGAUGCUUGGGAAGUCGAGGAUCUAGAGGUUGUUGCAAAGUCUGCAUAUUGGUCUAUCCCCCCAGAUGUGCACAGAUUUACCAACCAGGCUCUCUGCAAUGAGCCGCACAAGUCCCGCCUGAGAAGCCUGAGGCUAGCAGGUUGUAUCAUUCCGCCAUUGCAGGGGUUCCAAGCUCUGACCAAACUGACCUUGGAAAACUUGGAGAACUCCACGCCUGCAGCAGCCUACGAAGCUGUGUUGAACUCAUGCCCCCAACUGCAAGUGCUGCACCUCAAGUCAUGCAUGUGGAAGGACGUUCUGAAUAUCGAUGCCCCCCGGUCAGGGAUCAAGCAGCUCAUCCUGGAGUUCUGCGGUUUCACUGUGCUGCACUCUCUUGGGAUGAUGGAGAGCAUAGCUAUCAGGAGAACUUGGGUGAGGCACGAGGGUUGCUCGUACCCACACCUUACGCACAUGAACCUUAACUUGUGCCAUGGCUACUCCAGCUCUCGACGUACCUUGUGUUUUGGCUGGGACUUGAACAUUGAGGAUUUUCUUGGAUUCGCCCAAGAGAUAACCAACCUGGUUCUACGAUUCACCGGAUAUGGGAGAUGGUUCGUGCCGUCGUGCCCCUCAUUGUUGCUGCCUAACCUCACAAGGCUUCUGAUUGCUGAUGUGCCUUCAUCAUGGGAUGUCUCUUGGCCUCGCCUCCUACUUGAAGCAGCACCAUACCUGGAGAGCCUUCACAUCCAUGUUAUCCCUUGGGAUGAUGAGUGUUGUGAUCAAAUCAUUUGGCAGCCGUCCACUUUGCAGCACGAAAAGCUAAAGGAGUUGAUUAUGGUCGGUUUCGAGGGGACGGAAAGGCAGGUUUUCUUUGUUAACUUUGUAAUGGAAGUGUCAACAGCGUUGCAGCUUGUUGCUCUAUUUAGAUAUGGGCAUGUUCAAGAAAUGGGGCGUUGGGACUGGAAAACUGUGAAUCAGCAGCACCAUUGGAGUGAUGAGGAGAAAGUCCAAAUUCUGAACCAGUUUGCCGUUAGAAAUUCUUGCCCGACAUCUCCUGUUUCAGUGCUUUUAGAGUGAUAUCGUUACGUUCAUGUGUUGUAUACAAGGCAUUAAGUUAUGAUCUUAAUUUAUUUCUAUGCAACUUUUUAUAAGUUCUGUUAUUUGACCAAACUCUGUUGUUGCUUUUUUAAUUUUGCCUUAUAAGCAUUUUCUUUUGUACUACUCCCUCUUUUUCGAAAUAAAAAAUAUAUAUAAUAGUGGAAUCUAGGGUUAC